UGAAACGGCGGAUUUCGUCUUUGUUUAAUCCGAAAAAAGAGGGAAAAAAGGCAGAGAAAGCGAAAAGAGGAAAAACAAAUGAAGCAUUCGAUUGAGGGCAUGACAAACUUACCUCAGUCUUUCUCAAUCGGCGCCGGCGGAGGUUUGGGAGGUUUUGGAGGAGUUGCAUCGCCGUCGUUGGUCGGUGCCGUAGCUUCGGCUAAUAACGAUCGCAACAUGCAAUCGGCGGAACAGUUAGUGCUUGAUCUCACUAAUCCCGAACUUCGUGAAAAUGCUCUUCUAGAGCUUUCUAAGAAGAGGGAACUUUUUCAGGAUUUGGCCCCUCUAUUGUGGAACUCAUGUGCUACUAUCGCUGCUCUGCUACAGGAGAUAAUUUCGAUCUACCCUGUUUUGUCGCCUCCAACUCUGACUCCUGCACUAUCCAAUAGAGUUUGUAAUGCACUAGCACUUCUUCAGUGUGUAGCCUCUCAUCCUGACACCAGAAUGUUGUUCCUCAAAGCACAUAUUCCUUUGUAUCUGUACCCCUUUCUUAAUACAACGAGCAAGUCAAGACCUUUUGAAUAUCUGAGACUUACAAGCUUAGGUGUCAUUGGUGCCCUUGUGAAGGUGGAUGAUACUGAAGUUAUCAGUUUUCUUCUUUCAACAGAAAUAAUUCCGCUGUGCUUGCGCACGAUGGAGAUGGGGAGUGAACUAUUGAAAACUGUUGCAACUUUCAUUGUGCAAAAAAUUCUUCUAGAUGAUGUGGGUUUGGAUUACAUCUGUACCACAGCGGAAAGGUUUUAUGCAGUAUCCCGAGUUCUAGAGAAUAUGGUCGGCACGCUUGCUGAACAACCUUCAUCAAGAUUGCUGAAACACAUAAUUAGGUGCUAUCUUCGUUUGUCAGAUAAUCCAAGGGCAUGUGAUGCACUGAGAGAUUGUCUUCCCGAUAUACUUGGAGAUACCGCCUUCCAGAGCUGUCUUCGUGACGAUCCAAUGACAAGGAGGUGGCUGCAACAAUUGCUCCAUAGCGUUAAUACGAAUCGGGUUCCUCUACAGGCUGGAGGAUUUGAUCAUAUACUGUGAACUGAAUUUCAUACAAAUAGAACUUAAAUUAAACUUCCUAGUCUUUUGUUAGAGCACUUUUGAAUGCAUUUAUGCGCUCAUGUUUGUAUAUGUAGUCCAUUAUGUGAAUAAUUAUUAAGAUUAUUAUUUGGAGAAUAAGAAUAUUAUUGAACCAUUUAGCAAA